UAUAUUCAUUAUUUUCAAGUCAUGAACAAUUAAUUAAAAUGAAAAACAAUGAUAAAGAUAAGAAAUUUGGUUGUGAUAGUCAAAAAACAUUUUUACGUAAUUCACGUUUAAAACCACGAGAAUUUCUUCCUUCACAUUGGGAUGGUAAUGAUGAAUAA